AUGGUAUAUAACACAAAUACUACGAAAGCCAUAAAAAUUACUGAUAAAAUUGACAAAAACAAAAAAGUAAAUAAUAAGGUCGGCAAAAUCGAUAAAGUCGACAAAGUCACUGAAGUGGAGAAAGUUAGUAAAUCAGAAACCAAACCAACAAGAAGAAUGGCAUCCCCACGCGCAAGAGGCCGUGCUAGACGUAUAAACAGCACACCAACUCGUUCAUCACCUCGGAUCGUGCGGCGAUCUGCCUCUUACCCUAACGCUGUCAAUAGACACUUUGUUGACAGUAUUCCCAUCUUGGAAAUCACACUUAGAUUCGAUGAAGACGAAUAUGACGUUUGGCGAAGACAGGAUACUGAUGAAGUAAAUCUCUAUUAUUUGUUGCGUAUUAAAUAUCCUCGAGACGAGGACGAAAGCACUUGGCUUCAAGAAUUGGAAAAGUUAAAGAAAGAGAUUAAAGACGUGCGAAUUAUCGAGGAAGGCUGGUUCGAAGGAGUCUGUGUGGUAUUCUCUUACGUUGUUUACUAUUUUUCAUAUUUCCGGUUGCUGGAUAAUUCGUUAAUUGAAGGGUCCCUCUUGAACGAGGAUAUUGCCCAAAAAUAUAAUAUAUAUGAACAUGUUGCAGCACUAUUAGAAUCAGAGAACAGUUGGUUCGAUACUCCCAAAAAACAACAUAAUCCCAAAAUCAAGAGUGAACGUGGAACUGCAAGUCAACCGGAGACACCGGAAGUCCAGACAAACGGUUCCUCCACGACUCGUUCGGUUCCGUCGAGUCGUCAUGUCAAUAAUUUGCCCAAUGGAAAUACCAAAACCGAAGCGGAGCCAAAGAUCCAGAGAAGAACUUCGCCAAGAUUAGCGUAUCGUUCUCAAGCAAAACCGGAAUCUUCAAAACGUCUUAGAGAUGAUGAGAGUGAACGCGAAAACAUCAAGGAAGAAGUGCAGAGCUUGAAACGAAAAUUGGAUCAGACGGAAGAAAAAUACCUGAAUUAUAGUGGAAGUAACAAGAGACGUGCGGUUUGGGCAGGUAUCGGUGCAGCCGUCGGUGCAGGCGUUGCAGCGGUUGCCUUAAACAGUAUGGGUAUUGGUGUGUCCGACAUAGCAAGCGGUAUCGGGGAUCUGACGAGCAAAUGGUUUUAG